AGACGAAUAUAUUUGAAAAAUUUGCAAAUACAAACUCAAAUAUUGAAGAAAAAUAGUUCAGUUUUAACAUCCUUUUCAUGCUUCUUUUUGUAUAUAUUGUUCACAUUUCAUUUUAGCAAAUAAAAAUGAUCUCGUCGAAAGCAGCAGGUGACACAUACAUGUAUAUAUCAAGUUUGACAUAAGCGUGUCAAAAAUGUUGGACAACGAGGCAAAUUUAUCGGAGAAUCAAUUGUCCAAAGAGGAUUAUUUGUUAUUAAGAGCUAAGGAAGCUUUAUCAACAGAUCUCUACGCGGCUAAAUCAUGGCUUAUUACAGCGAGAGCUUUGUUUCCUCACAGCGCUAAAGUCCAGUUCGAAGCCUAUCGGAUAGAAAAACUUUCCAAGAAUGUGAAAGAAGCUGCAAAAUGUUUUGGUGAAAUAUUUCAAAAUUUCCCUGAGGAUCGUGAGAUUUGGGCAGAAAUUGAAGCUGUCACUGCUUGUUUACGUUCUGAUCAAAGCGAUCCUGACUCCGACAUGUUGUGUGAAAUGUUCCAACACAUACCACAAGAUCUGCAGCAUAGACUGUUGAUUAUGACCGCUGACCAUAGCGAGGACACUAUGGAACAUUGUAAAUUACUACUUUUGCUGUUACGAAGAUUCCCUCAAACAAUUGCAACGCAUGGACCACGUCUUGUGGAAACUCUCUUAACUGCAGAAAAACACAGUCAUCCAGGACAAACGAUAAAUGAUUUCAGGCGAUUACUAGCCUGUGAUGCAUUGCCUCUUCUUGGUACGGCUCCCGUUGAACUCAAUCCCAGACUAGCACUGAGGUUGCUGUGCAAAGCUGUUGAAUUCUAUUUGGCAUAUAUACAACAUCCUCCAGACUUUCAAAUUUCACAACCUUGGGAAAGGUUGUUCCAGGUAAUAGAAUCAGUUGGGAAGAAAUUAGGAUGGGAAUUGAGCGUUCUAUUUGCAUCUCCGUGGAAUCAAGAUCUCUACAGCGAAAAACUCCACAAAUAUGCAGCUGCCCAUUCUACUGCUCUCGGUGAAGAGGUCGUCGCCAGACAACUGCUCGUUUGUACCACAAUUGUUCUUCUCAGAGUGCUCAAUGAUCACAACGCUUUGAUUAACAAUUCUGACGUUGGGUAUUGUCUGGUCGAAGCCUUUGGUGGACUUUGUCUCACAUCUGCCGAGCCAAAACUAAAAAAACGGAAAAGAGAGGAACCUUCGGGGGUAAUAUUAACAAGCGACAGUGAAUACUGCGGCAGUGGAUUGUCUCUGGCAGUUUCUCUAUGGGAUUUGCUUCACAGUACAGAUUAUUUGCAACGCGAAUUUGCGAAAAUGAAUCAACAGAUGCGUUUGGACAAUUGGAUGAAAUCUUUUCGGACUGAUGUUUCGGUGUACAAGGGUCUUCACGUCGAUGCCUUGAAUCGCUUCGGUCAUGAGGGCGGACUUUUAGUCACGCAACUGAGAAUAGCCAGUACGUUUUAUGCAGUCAAAGAUUACAAGAGCAUGUUGGAUUAUAUCGUUAUGGUUGCUAACAAUUUACCAGCAACUCGGGGCAAAGUUUCGAACAAUCUUACGGUGCCUGGCGUACGGCACUUACACUAUUUGCGUCUGGCCAGAUUUCCUAUUUUACAGUAUUGCUGUCGAUUGCUUUUGGAGGUCAUAAAGACAAAAUUCUCACUAUCUGGUGAUGUUGGAGAUUGGGCAGUUGGGAACGCUCUCGUUUUAUUACAAAUCGAUUGGCCUCAAAAUGCGGACAUACUGAAUGGAAUUACCGAAAGGAUCAUCAACACUGAAACAUUUCGGUAUCCCCUUUUUCAAACAUACGUAAUUGCCAUUGAUAUACUCGAAGAACUCACGUAUUUGUGGACUGAACACGGAGGUGGUGUCGCUUUAGAAAUUGCUCUCAGCUCCGAAGUUUUACAAAGGAGUAGCCGAAUAACGACACGAGGAGCGGACAAAGGAGUUCGAGAAGAAGUUAAACAGGUGAUGAGACGUCAGGUAGCCCGAGAUGGUGUCGACCCGAUAGACGAGCUUAUACAGAGAUUUAUCGUUAACGAGAAAGCGGCGUUGUUGCACAGUUUGAUGAGUAAAUGAUAAAGAUUGUAAGUCUAGAAUUAACAACUACGAAUAUGUUCGUGUUUACGUAUUUUUUUAUUGUUGGAGACUCCUGUCGACUCUCAAAACAUCUGAAUGGAUGUCGAAUGAGAACAAUCAACAAGCAUUUGUAAUUAUGUAAAUGUAAUUCGAAUACAUCGUAUAAAACCUUUUACAUAAUAAAUAACAUAAUCAAA